AUGGCCAGUCUUCUGGAGCAGGCGUUGGCUACUCUCGUGAACACCUUUCAGGAAUAUUCACAGUUCUCUGGAAACUCGCUCUGCCAGGCGAAGUUCAAGGAACUCCUGGAGAAGGAGCUGCCUACCUGGGCCCCGACCACGCUCCGGGAGUGUGACUACAAGCAGUUCAUCAGCGCCCUGGACACCGACAAGGAUGGCCAGGUGGAUUUUGUGGAGUACAUGCGCUUGCUCGCCUGCCUCUGCAUCUGCUGCCAUGAGUACUUGAAGGACAGCCCCCUGAAGCCCUCCUGCUCCCAGUAA